AUCUGACUGCUGUUACCGUGGUACCCACAACUACCCCAGGGAGCCAAAGGCAAGGCUCCCCCAGCAAAGCAUCUCGGCCCAUAGGAAAAAGGGGUGAGCCCCAGAUGUCAUGAGAGCGUUCAAGAUUCAGGCUCAGAAGGUGCCCAGACUCCAGUUCUCCCGUAAUUCAGAGUUCAGUGCAACGAUUGCUCCUCUGCUCCACACGCAACCUCUGUGAUCAUCUCCCAGUGGGCAACACGACUUCAGAACUAUACUCAUCUGUUUCCUUCCGUGUCAUCUCCACUACCAUUCAUGAAAAUGUUGAAUCCACAGCGCAAGACUCGAUUGGAGCGCAGGAUUGUGGGUGCAACCAACCGGUGGCGUUUUCCCCAACAGUAUUUCUGUGGGGACCUGCUGGCACUCUCCCAGAUGUGCAAAGUUUUGAACAUAGACCUGGACGAAGCUCUGAAGAACCCAGACAGAUUAUGCAUUUCAAAAUUCCAAAGGCUUUUCUCUGAUAAUAUCGAGAACAGUGACAUCCAAAGUGGGGAAGCAGAUGUGAUCCUUGAAUGCCUUGGCUUCAAGUGGGAACUCCACCACCCUCAGAUUUUUCAGUCUGAGACCUUGGCCAAGCUUUACUUGACAGCCCUGAUACAGAACUCUAAAGGCCACACAAAGGAGCUGGGCAAGAUUCUGAAAGCUCAGCCACCUGAGAAGAUCAAAGAAAAGCCCCUUGUAAAGAAGAUCAUCAUUUCCUUGAAGAUCAAUGACCCGGCAGUCACCAGAGUUGCCUUCGCCCUGGCCCUGAAGAACCUUUACAUGAAUGAGGUGGAGAUGACCGAGGAUACUGUGCUGGGCGUGCUGGCUUCUGCUCACAUCCUCCAGUUCAACCGCCUAUUUCAAAAGUGUAUCAACAUGAUGUUGACCAGACUCACACCGAGCACCGUCAAGAACUUCUAUUUGGCUGGCUGCAAGUACAAGGAAGAGCAGCUCACCGCAGCAUGCGAGAAGUGGCUGGCAAUGAACUUGGUACCUCUGGUGGGGACACAGAUCCACCUCCGGCACAUCCCUCAGCAUCUGCUGCAUAAGGUGCUGAAGUCCCCCAGGUUGUUCACCUUCAGUGAGUUACACCUCCUGAAAACCUUACUCAUGUGGGUUUACCUGCAGCUGAACUGCAAGGUCCAGGUGAUUCCAAUCCACGAGACCAUGCUGGCAUAUUUUAGCAGCUUUCCCAAGAAGUGCUGCUUUCUGGAACAAAAUGCAGGACAGGCCUGGACACCACUCUUCCUCUGCCUACGUCUGCAUGGCAUCACCAGUGGCAAGGAUCUGGAAGAGUUAAGGCACAUUAAUUUCUUCCCUGAGUCCUGGCUGAUCCGGGUUACAGCUGACCAUUAUCACACACUGGAGAGUGGGGGCAACAUGAUCCAUCUGAAAGAUCUUUCUACACAAGCCAUGAGGUUUGGGCUGCUCUUUAGACAGGAAUAUACCACUUACUCGGAAAGGAUUUCUAUGUAUGGAUACUUCUUUGAGAUAAAGGGAAUCAAACAUGAUACUACCUCUUACAGUUUUUCUAUGCAGAGGAUAAGACAUACGGACUUGGACUGCCCCACCCCCAUCUGUGAGCACAGUGCUAUCAGCCUGAGAGCUGAGCGCCUGGUGAAGUAUGAGAUCAGAGCCCAGACGCUGGUGGAUGGCAGGUGGCAGGAGUUCAGGACAAACCAGAUCACGCAGAAGUUUGGGUUCGCCAAGCCGGGCUGCAAAAGCCAUGUCUUGAAAAUCCAAACUGUGGGCAUCCCAAUCUAUGCCAGCUUUGCAUUCAUUUUCCCAGCAUCUUGACAGUUUCCAGAGGAAUCUAUGGGAGCCCCUGCCCUGACCGACCUGUCUACAUAAGAGGAAUAAAAUGACAUUAAUGAGGG